GACCUUCAAGGCAUCAUCGGUGGUGACCUUACGUUUGUGGAAGUGACGACAGGAAAGAAAUUCCUUCCGAUAACUGCGCCAACUUACACAAGCUGUCCCAAACAUAAGAAGGAAAUGGAUCUAUACUGUGAGGACCACCAGUCUGUUUGCUGCUGCACGUGUAUAGCUGUCACCCACAGAAGAUGUGACGUGGUCAUCACGCUGUCCGAGUACGGAGAGAAAGUUCGGAGUAGCUCCAUGAUAGAGGACAUGCGCACAAAUCUACAGGAAGUAGCAGAGGCCAUGGAAUACCUCACUGAAGAUAUCAAGAAUCAGACAGAACACCUUGGUAACGGUCGAGAUCUCGUAAUGAAACAGAUGACAGAUUUACGUCAGAAAUUCGAGGAACGCCUGAACAAAUUACAACUUGACCUGACCAAUGAACUUACAAUAGCGUACAAGGAAGAGAAACAAAAACUUGAUGGCAUGCUACACAAAUGUGAACGGAUGUGUAACGGAAUCAAAACGACACAGGUUUUGUCGGAAGCAGAUGUCAUUCAGAAGGACGACAUACAAAUGUUGUCUCUUCUUCAAAGAGGAAGUAUGGAAAUAAAAUCCUGCCAAGACCUUAUUGCACAGUUAGCCGAUACAUUCACUACCGUGGACCUGAAGCUCGAUCACGAUGAUGAAGAAAUGAUGAACAAUUCAUUGAUACUUGGCAGAUUAAAUGUCACUCGGACAAGAUGGAAUAUUCCUGUUAAUCCUCUGUCAAUCACACCCUUGUCUCUAGCUCAGGUGAAGGAGGUAGGGAAACUGUGUAUAAAGACCGGUUCUGAUAGAAAAAGAUGUCGAGCAUCGGGACUAGUAUACCUGUCGAACGGGCGAAUCAUAGUGACAGACAACGGCAACAGCAAGGUAAAAAUGUUCAAAGAAAGCGGUGAGUUAGUCGAUGAGGUGAUAUUACAAGGACCAUCAUGGGAUCUGUGUUUGGUAGACAACAACACUGUUGCGGUUGCGAUGCGCGACAAACAGAUCGUAUCGAUAAUAAAGAUUGAGUCGUCAAAGUUAUCACAUGUACCAGAUGCUGACAUCAAGACAGGAAAACAGUGCGAUGGAAUAACGUAUAAAGAGGGUCGAUAUGUUAUGGCAACAGGGAUAUCAUCGGUACAUAAAAUAUACAGUUUGACAAAUAAAAAUGAUAAGGUUCGGGUUCUGCAUCAGCCAAAUUCCCGUCCUUACUACCUUACUUACGAUCCGAAUAGCGGUGAUGUCAUUGUCAGUUUACACAGUGACACGGUAGGUGCUACAGCAGUGUACCGACUGUCACCUGACGGUACAACCACAGAAAUAGCAAAGGUAGGCCUGGUGAGGAACGGAAACGGGGUAGACGUUGACAGGGAAGGGAAUGUGUACGUCUGUGGUAGGGCAUCAAACAAUGUUGUUCAAAUCUCGCAGGACGGGAACAAAGUUCGAGAACUGGUGACACCAUCAGAAGAUUUACGAGAACCAUUAACAUUAUCCGUGUGCGAUAAUAAAUUUGUUGUGUCGAAUGAUGACCUUGACACAAGCAAGUAUAUCAAGAUAUAUGAGUUUUGCAAAGACAAACAACAAUAACUUUGACUACACGGUGACGAUAUCACCUAUAUUAUGCAAAAACAAUGGCGUUCUCGUCAAUGGAUAAAAGCAUACAGAAUUUAGUAUAAAUGUUACUUUAUGUCAAUUCAGAAUAUAUUGUGUUUUUACGCCAGGACCGAGAUGUAUAAACGGUGUAGAAACAAAACCAAAAAAAUGAUUAAGUGCAGAUGUUUAUUAUUUACUAUUACAUUUUUUGUAUCUAUCGCGUCCUGAUUGUAAAUCAACAUAAAAACACGAUACUAUACAGAUAUAUAUAUAAACUGACAUCAAUAUCGGAAGUAAAUCAUGUAGAUCUACCCACUAAACCUCAAUAAACCAUGAAAUAUAAAGGCCCUGUAAGAUGCUAUUUCUGGUAUUUGUCUUAUGCAGUCUCUACAAACCUACAAACUCGAACCAUUUUUUCCAAAUCGGAAACUGGUCGAGUUUCAUACUAAUGAGUUAUCUGAUACAAUCAUGUCGUCAAAUCAAAUUAUUGUCUAACGGAAACUCUCAAAAGGCUUCCGUGUGACAUCUGUUGCCUAUGGUAGCCGUAGAAAACACUACUUUCCACAAGAUAGCUGUUACACCAUUUGAUAAACCGUUUAUUUAAAAUGUUAAAAAACAGUAGUUAUUCAUUGUUUUGAACGUAAAUCUAAGGACUGACACGAUCAUUUGAACAUGUAUUGGGUCAUGUAACCCAUUUCUCUACAAACAUAUUAAUCAUGUUACACACUACGACAUACUGUUGUAAGCACCAGGGCGGCUUACCCUUGUUGAGUUUCAGUCCUCAAAUAACAUAAAC